GAGGGGGAGGGGGGGGGGAAGGCGAUGGGAAGAGGAGGUGAAAGAAGAGGAGGAAGACGGAAAAAAGAGCAGUCGGGGCGCUGUCUGGUCGUGUCUUGGCGAAGCGGUGUGCAUCAUUGCCCAAACACGGGCGUCGUACCCUCGAAACAAAGAAAAGCCAGCCUCGUCGCGCAUGGAAGACCACAGCCAGCCCACCACAUUGAAAAUGACGCCCCACUGGUACGUCCAGAUGUUCUUCCGCCACAAGCCAACAUCGCUGUCCCGCUUCUUGUCGCAGCAGCUCGUUGAAGACCCCAGCCAGUCCAGAAAUCAGCGAAGCGGCCAGGACCAGGGCGAUGCCGACCAGGAAGAUGAUGGCGCGCCCGACGGCGCCCCCUCCGCCGGAGCGCUGGCGAGCAGCCGGGCCGGCUCGCCCGCGAGCAGGCCUGGGGGCUCCGAGGCGGCCUGCGCCAGCCACGGCGGAACCCAGAAGCUGCGCGCAACGCGCCAGCGCUCGUCGGGGGACGUCGGCUGACCCGCCUCACUGACCCUGGCCAGACCCAUCCUGGGCACAGGCUCAAUGUCUACAGUGGGGGCCCGACCACAAGAAACCUUCCACAAGAAACCCAACCCUGAGACCCCAGGACGUCCAUCGAUUUUUGGUGUGGGAACGCCACGCUAUCCAUAGUAAAACCAUCGAAACCCAAGAAACCCAGGGCACCCUGGAGGCAAGCGGGGUGUUUCUUGGCAUGGGCCCCCACUGUAGGCCCCCCUGGCUUGGCCAGGGAUCCUGAGCCCAGAAUUGGUCCAGCCAGGAUCCCAGCCACCAACGUCACGCAUGCUUGACAGGGUCUGGACCCCAAGAGGUCUGGACCCCCGUUCCCUCGGAUGGGCUUCUCCUCCUGGGUCGACUUUUGCUUGAGCUGAGGGGGUCUGACCCGAGG